AUGGCCAAGUUUCGCGCAAGCAACAUCCUCGGCGAUCCGUUCGCGCUCGCGACACUCUCCAUUUCCAUCCUGGCCUGGCUGAUCGCCUUCAUCUCAUCCGUGAUUGCCGAUAUUCAGACCAAAUACCCCAAUUAUGCAUGGUGGGCGAUUUGCUACAUGUUCUGUGUGACGGUUGGCCUUAUCAUCACUUUCGGCACCGAUACUGGCAACGUUUAUGGCGUCGCGAUUGUCGGAUACCUUGCUUGCGGGCUAGUUCUUACGUCCCUGGCCGCAAACAACACGGUGUAUGCCAGUCAAGGUGCCAUGCAGGCCGCAGGCGCAGGCUUUAUCUUGCUGUCGAUGGUCAUUAUCAUCUGGAUCUUCUACUUUGGAUCUGCCCCUCAGGCAUCUCACCGCGGAUUCAUCGACUCUUUCGCCCUCAACAAGGAGCAGCCGGGAUCGUACCGUGGCAGUCGUCCCAUGUCCAGCGCUUUCGGUGCCCGUCCCGAGACCAUGGCCACCAGCAAUACCCCCCAGAUGUACACGUCUGCGCAAUUGAACGGAUUCGAAACCUCUUCACCCGUGUCCGGGUAUCCAGGUGGUGCUCCCGGCGUCGAGCGUAACUCGGCUCAGCCCCCACGAUUCGGAGGGGCCAGCCCCGCCAAUGCUGGUGGGGGCGCUGCCCAAGAGGGCAGCGAGGUGCCACAACCUACGGAAUACCCCUACCGUGCGAAGGCCAUCUAUUCUUACGACGCCAAUCCCGAGGAUGCCAACGAGAUCAGCUUCAGCAAGCAUGAAAUUCUCGAGGUCUCUGAUGUCAGUGGCCGAUGGUGGCAGGCCCGGAAGUCGAGUGGAGAGACCGGUAUUGCACCCUCAAAUUAUCUGAUCCUGUUGUGA